GGCAUGUAAACCACUUCCUGUUUACUUCCGUGUUUGGGCUCAGUUGUCGGCUAGCAAUGCGGUUCCGUUUCUGCGGGGAUUUGGACUGUCCGGACUGGGUCCUUGCCGAAAUCAGCACGCUGGCAAAAAUGUCCAGUGUCAAGAUGAAACUCCUCUGUGUUCAAGUGCUGAAGGGUUUGCUCGGUGAGGGCAUUGAUUAUGAUAAGGUCACAAAGCUUACAGCAGAUGCAAAGUUUGAGAGUGGAGACAUCAAAGCCAGUGUGGCCGUGCUCAGCUUCAUUUACUCCAGCGCAGCCAAGCAUGAUGUUGACAGUGAAUCUUUGUCCAGUGAGCUACAGCAGCUUGGUCUGCCUAAAGGUUGGUCUACUAAAUGUUUGACGAUUGGUCCUCCUAUAUUAGAGAUCGACCGAUUAUCGGCGCCCAGGAUUGGCAUUUUUACGUAUAUCUGUAUCGGCCUCUUUUUUAUCAAUAUCAGUAUUUUUUUUUUUUUCACAAGUUGCAUCAGCAGAUACAAUACAUACAGUACAGGCCAAAAGUUUGGACGCACCUUCUCAUUCCAGUGUUUCCCACACAUUCAUUUAUUUGUGGCGGCCCGCCACGAAAGAAUUACGUCCGACACAAAUAAAAAAUAAAAUUUUUGUUGUUGUUGUUGUUGUCCUGUCCAGCUUCUCAGUCAAAUCAUAUAGUUGAUGUAGAUGCCCAUAUAUGCUGUUCAGAUUUACUUUACAAAAGAGAAGUGUA